AUGGACCACAACAAUGACUUCGGAGAGGAUGGCGACCCCCCGCAAUUUCCCGGUGAAGACACACGCAGCACCAGUCAGAAAGAAAUCUCCGGGUGGUACAGCUACGGUUUCGCGGCCGAGGUUUUCGUCAUUUGCGGUGUGGGGAGCUUCAUCCCCAUAGCUUUAGAGCAAUUAAGUCGCGAAAGAGGAUCGCUUCUUCUAGACCGCACCAAACCGUGCAAAGGUUCCAGUGUCGACCUCACGCCGCCUGCGGCCGCCGUUAGAAGACACGCAGCAUUCGCUCCCCGUGCACCAAGAGGUGAAGCAGGUCAAUGCAUCGUCAAAUUUCUCGGUAUCGACAUCAACACUGCCAGCUUUGCUAUGUAUACAUUUUCUCUGAGUGUUCUUGUACAGGCUCUGUUGAUCAUUUCCAUUUCAGCAGCUGCCGACCACGGCAGGUCUCGGAAAAGCUUUUUACUCUCAUUUGCUUUCACAGGAGCCGUCGCAACGAUGCUGUUCUUGGGUGUUGUACCCAGUAUAUAUGCAUUCGGUGCGCUGUUAGCGAUUGUAGCAAACACCUGUUUUGGCGCAUCCUUUGUAUUGUUAAAUUCAUUUCUACCAAUUCUUGUCCGGCGACAUCCGUCAAUAAGGCCCGAGGAAAAAUCGAAUAGCACCAAAACCGCAAGUCGGGAGCUUACGCGGGACAGCCAGGAGGCAGAAGACGCAGAUUUCGAUGGACCUACCGAUUCACUGUUACAAGCCUCAAACGUCAAGUAUAAGAUGGCGCCUGGAACGCCGCAAGGAACGGUAUCCCCAGCUCUUCGAUUGUCAACUCAAAUCUCGUCUUACGGCAUUGGUAUCGGUUAUCUCGCCGCUGUAGUUGUACAAACCCUUGGCAUUGUGAUUAUCAUAAUAGCGCAGCCAUUGACUAGCUCCACUACCCUAGUCCUACGUAUUGUCUUGUUUUUCAUAGGACUAUGGUGGCUGCUUUUCACGAUCCCUGCAGCGUUGUGGCUCCGACCGAGACCUGGCCCACCACUACCGUUUACCAGUGAUGGAAAGCAGAAGAGAACCUGGGCUGGAUACUUUGUAUAUGCUUGGAAGUCUCUGUGGAAGACGAUAUUGCGAGCUCGCCGUCUGAAGGAUAUGAUGUUCUUUCUGGCCGCAUGGUUCUUACUCAGUGAUGCUAUUGCAACCAUCAGUGGUACCGCCGUACUAUUUGCAAAAACCGACCUGGAAAUGAAACCUGCGGCUCUGGCUAUGAUCAGUCUGACUGGGACCGUAGUCGGCGUGAUAGGCGCUUUCACGUGGAGUAAGCUCUCACGUUGGCUCGGCCUCAAGCCGUCACAAACAAUAAUUGCCUGCAUCUGCCUCUUCGAAAUCAUACCGCUGUAUGGCCUUCUUGGCUUUGUCCCGGCGAUCAGGAGGCUUGGUGUGCUUGGGCUGCAACAGCCUUGGGAGAUGUAUCCUCUAGGAGCAAUCUACGGUUUCGUGCUUGGAGGAAUAUCCUCGUAUUGCCGCAGCCUGUUUGGUGAACUUAUACCGCCCGGCUUCGAAGCAGCAUUCUAUGCACUCUACGCCAUCACUGAUAAAGGCUCAAGUGUGUUUGGGCCUGCUAUUGUUGGUGCUAUCACAGAUCGCUACGGGGAGAUCAGACCAGCUUUCGUCUUUUUAGCAGUACUAAUCUUCAUUCCGCUGCCGUUGAUGCUGAUGGUAGAUGUCGACAGGGGGAAGCGGGAAGCUUCGGAAUUGGCGGACCUACUGGAGGGCAAAAAGGGAUCGAGAACACCUCUAGGUAAUGACGAUGGAACUAUAAGGCUUGUGGACGAAGAAGUUGAAGGUCGAGAUACGUAG